AUGACUGAGGUGUACAUAGGCGUCAAUGACGUUGACGCCGGCUUGUGCCUAAUUCGCGAAGUGGAGUACGUUGAUUACUACGGUAGCGCAGGAGUGCAGCACAUAGCUCUAGACACCAGCGACAUCAUUAGUGCCAUUGAAGCACUUCGAGCUCGAGGCGUAGAGUUUUUGACCAUUCCGAAGUCCUUCUGCAAUAAUUUGCGGACGAAAUUAAGCAAGAGCGACACAAAGAUUUUCAGUAAACCCUGUGAAGACCGACCAACACUUUUCACAGAAGUUAUUCAACGGCAUAAUCAUCAGGGCUUCGGUGCCAGAAAUUUCAAGGCUCUCUUUGAAUCUAUAGAAUUGGAGCAGAACGAGCAUGGAAACUUAUUCUAUGAAGACGUCGCAACUGGUGGAAAGAAAAUCUAA